AUGGGCCACAUUCUCAAGUUAACACUAGGUUCCCAAGAGCAAGGUAUGAGUUGCCAAGAGUUGACUUCAGGAUGGCAAGGUGUGAAAUCAUUGGUGUUAGCACCAGAGCCAACCGGGCAGUUCCUACCAGGACCAAUGUUGACUAGUGUGAAAUUUUCAAGUUUGUCUCCAGAAUCACAGCAUCAAGGUGUGAAAUUUUUGAAGUUUACUCCAGAGCCAAAGUUGCAAAGUAUAAAACAUGUGAGAUUGUCUUCAGUGCCUCAGCAGCAAACUGCAAAAUCUGUGGAGUUAGCACCGGGGUCACUGCUUCAAAGAGUGAAAUGUGGGGAGCUAACUCCACUAACAAAUUAUCAAAUCACAGAAUCAUCUGAAAUAACCCCUAGACCAGGGCAUCAGUUUGUAAAAUAUGCAGAGGUGAUCCCAAAGCCAAGGCAUUACAUCCCUAAAUCUGCGAAUUUGAUUUCAAUACCAAUUUAUCAAGGCAAAGAGUCUUCAGAAAUGGCACAAGGGUUGGCACAUAAAAGUACAGAAACUGUAGAGAAAUCCGUGGGGUUGAUCCCAAAGCCAACAGAUGAAGCCAUGGAAUCUUCAGGGAUGUCUCUGCAGCUAGAUUUUCAGGUGCCAAAAUUUGUUGAUCUGACUCCAGUGCUAAAGGAUCAAGGCUCAAAAUCCUUAGAAUUAACCCCAGAGGAAAGCUACCAAAUACCAGAAACUCUAGAGUUGCUAUCUCAGUCGUGGCCUAAAGAUAAGGAUUUGGGGGAGUUAUAUACAAAGCCACUAAAGCAAGUUAUGCACUCUGAAGGGAUGAACCCAGAGCUCACGCAUCACAUUAUAGAAGCUAUGGAGUUGACCUCUGAGGCAAGGCUGCAAAGGAAGGAAUUCCUUGGAAUGACCCCAAAGCCAAUAAAUAAGGCCACCGGAUAUGCAGAGAGAUCUCCAAGGCCCUGUCCUCAAGACUUAGAACCUGUGGAGGUUAUCUCCAAGAAAAGACCGCAAAUGGAAAAAUCUAUAGUAUUGACUCCAAAGUCAUUAUAUCACGUCCCACAUUCUUCUUCACAGGUGAAACCAGAGCUAGGACAUCAAGUUCCUGAAUCUGUAGGUUUGACCUCUAAGCAAUGGUUGCAAAUGGAGGAAUCUUUAGAGUUGUCCCUAAAGCGAACAAGUCAAGUUGUGGGACAUGCAGAAUCUGUAGAGCUCAACUCUAAGACAUGGCAGCAAGGGGAGGUACCAAUGGGGCUAACACAGUUACAGAAUCAAAGUAUGAAACACUCAGGGAUAGCCCCAGGACCGCUGGGUCACAUUACAGAAUUUAUAAGGAUUAGCCCAAAGCCACUAGAUCAAGUCACAGAAUCUGCAAAGACACAAAUUCAAGUUGUUCAAUCAGUAGGGGUAAUCCAAGACUCUCCCCCCAAAGUUGUUGAAUCUGUGAAAGUGACAACACCAGGGCCAACCCCUCAAAUGGGAGAAUAUGUUGAGUUGACUUCAAAACUGCAAGAUGUGAAACCUUCAGAGUUUACUUCAAGGCUAUGGAUGCAAAAUGUGAAAUCUGAGAAAUUAAUCACAGAGCCAACACACCAAAUUUUGGAAACAAUGGAGUUGACUGGGUUUCAAGUUGUAAAGACUGUGUUAAUCCCAGGGCCACUGCUUCAAAUAGUAAAAUCUGAAGAAUUAGCACCAGGACCUACUCCUCAGGUUGUAGAACCAAUAGGAGUAACCAUAGGAUCAGAGAUUAAAGUAAUGGAUUGUUUGGAUUUACUCCGAAGGCCACAUCUUCAAGAACUAGUAGAACCUUCAGAAUUAAGUCCAAGGCCAAAUAUUCAAGUGAAAUCUGUAGAAUUAACAUCACAGCAACCGAAUGCAUUUGAGGAACCUACAGUACUGACACAUGAACAAGGGCUUCAAGCUGUGAAAUCUAUACAGACAAAAACAGAGCCUCCUAAAGUCAUGGAAUCUGAGGGUGUGAAUCUAGGACAGGUAUGUCAGAAUAGGAAAUCUGAGGAGUUAACAUCAGGAGAAGAGUUACAAGUAGAGAAUUAUUUCUCUAGGUUCCUACACAGUUCUUUGACCCCACUCAUUUCAAGUUCUGUUACAACAACAUCUGGAUUAGGAGGCCCUUGGGAUUCUGGGAUGCCAGAAGUAUCAAGAGCUUUGGAUAUAAAAACCCUUGGGAAAGAUAUUUUUCAGCCUGAAGAGCCCUACAUAGACCCUGCUAUACAGUCUUCAACCCUUCCCUUGGCCCUUCAUAAUCAACUCCCUGAUGAGUCAGCUAAGACAGUGGAAACCCAACAUCCUAAGACCUCAGGAGUGGAUGUCAUAUCUAAGGAAAGAACUAAGAGGAAGCAGAUGGAGGAGCUAGAGAAUUCACUCCAGAGCCUCUCCCAACAUUCACAGCAAAGCUGGAAGUCACCAUCUAUCACCUUCCAGGCAGAACCAGGGUCUCAAAGAGGCCUUAUCUGGUCUUUCCUGGGCAGACAACAGAACGUCUGGGAGAGUCAUGCCUUGCGACAACGACUACCUAGAAAAUAUCUCUCCAGUAUGCUAAUGCUGGGGAAUGUCUUGGGGACCACUAUGGAAAAAAAACUUUGUUCUCAAAUAUCUUUAGCGGAAAGAACCACUGCAGAUACCUGUCAAUCUAUUCAGAAUUUAUUUGGGGUUCCAGCUGAACUGAUGGAAUUUUCCCAGAGCCUUCUAGAGAAGGGUCCAGGUACUAUUUCUCAGCAGUCAGUGGUCAAAAACUACAUUCAGAGACAUACUUUAUGCCAUGGUCACGAGAAAAGACCAACCUUAAGAAUAUGGACACGUGGUUCCACAUCUUCCAUAAUACAGCAAUACUCUGGGACGAGAGGGGGAAUAAAGAAAACAAACUCAAGGCUCAGUAAUAUAUCCCAGGAAGACAUUCAGCAUAGGCCUGUCUCAUGUGCAGGGAUCCAGUUUCCUGCCCCUGUAAAGUCAGAGUCUUCCCUCAGGAUAUUUUACAAAAGAGAAGAUCCUGUUUCAGUGGAAAAGAGUGAGAACUCACAGAGUGAUUCACAGACUGGGAUUUUCAAGUCCCAACACUCUCUCAAGCCAAGUUAUCUUUCCCAGGCCAAGACUGACUUAGAACAGUUCCAGCUGCUACAAGAUCUGCAGUUAAAAAUAGCAACAAAACUCUUAAAGAGUCAAAUACCCCCCAAUGUGCCUCCACCUCUAACUUCAGGUCUGGUCCUAAAAUAUCCUAUCUGUCUACAGUGUGGCCGAUGUUCAGGAUUUAAUUGCUGUCAUAAAUUACAAGCCACUUUUGGGCCUUAUCUUCUUAUCUAUCCACAGCUCCACCCUGUAAGCACUCCUGAAGGCCAUGGCGAGGUUCGGUUGCAUCUUGGCUUCAGGUUGCAAACUGGGAAAAGACCCCAAGUCUCCAAGUAUCGUGGAAGAGACAGACCCAUCAUACCAAGGAGCCCUAUAUCACUAUCACAAAGGAGAGCUAAAAUCUAUACUCGAGCUUCCAGUAGUCCUAAUCCCACAGUAGAUUUCCAAUCUGGAUCUUCUCAGUCCACUGCUCCUGUACAAGUCCACAUCAGGCGAAGACAACGUGGCAGCCCUGACCCAGUAGGAAAGACAGAAAUUGGAGAGCCUGAGCACUAUGAAUUCACUCAAGUUCACUCUCUACCAGAGAGUGACUCUGAAAGCAAUCAGAAUAAAAAAUGGGAUAAAGUGAGAACCAAAAAGAGCCCUGAUUCAAAAUAUACAACGAAAAGAAUCACCAAAGGACUUAGAGCACAAAACACAAAGUUCUCCACAAACAGUAGGAGCACAAUAGAGAGUCCCUCUAGGGAAUUACCAGACCAUUUCAGAAGGAAGAGGAUUGGAGCAGCUCAGACAAGUACUGCCUCUUUAAAAAGACAGCCUAAGAAAACCUCCCAACCCAAGUUCAUGCAACUGCUUUUUCAGGGCCUAAAGCAUGCAUUCCGAACAGUACACAGAGCUAUAGGUCCUGUUGGGCAGAAGCCUGAGGACAGGACAAGGCCAGACAAUUUGUGGUCAAGCAAAAACUACCAUCCAAAACAAAAAGCCAGGGACUGUUACUUACCAAGAGAUAGUAAAAGAGACGGGAUGCUAGUUGUCAAGCUAAGGCCAAAAGGCCCAACCACUAAGAAGGAGGGCAUAUUAUGGGGAGAAACAGACCAAUGCAGAUCAGCUCGACAGACAAAAAGAGAUAGUACUUUCCAACCAAGACCUCUCCAACUGCCCAAGCCUGAAGUUUCCCAAAGAGAUAUCGAUGUCCAAAUUAGCUCAACCAAGCAGUCUUUUGGUACUAUUCAAAAUGACAGUAGCAGCAGAGCAAAGAAAAACUAUGCAAAGGAAAUUUCCAGCCAGGAGCCUAAGAAGUUGCUCAAACCAGGAACCAGAGUUCAGGCCCAAGGGAGAAUCUUACCUGGUUACCCUCUAAAGAGAACCUUGCUCAGUCACCUUAAAGAGAAACUCACACCCAAGGAGCAAAACAACCACAGCUUCUACAGGGAGAGAACCACAUGUAAUACUCACUCUAAGAGGAACCGACAUAGUAUCUCUGAGAGAAGCCAUCACGGUCCCUCUGAGAGACGUCACAGUCCCUUGGAGAGGAGCCAACACAGUCCCUCUGAGAGGAGACAUCACAGUCCCUCAGAGAGGGGUCAGUGCAGUCACUUGGAGAGGAGCAUGGAGCAAAACAACCACAGCUUCUACAGGGAGAGAACCACAUGUAAUACUCACUCUAAGAGGAGCCGACAUAGUAUCUCUGAGAGAAGCCAUCACGGUCCCUCUGAGAGACGUCACAGUCCCUUGGAGAGGAGCCAUCACAUUCCUUUAGAGAGGAGCCGACACAGUCCCUCUGAGAGGAGACAUCACAGUCCCUCAGAGAGGGGUCAGUGCAGUCACUUGGAGAGGAGCCAUCGCAGUCCCUCUGAGAGGAGCCGACGCAGUCCCUCUGGGAGGAGAUGCCACAGUCCUGUGGACAAGAGUCAUCGUAGUCCCUCAGAGAGAGGGCGACACAGUCCCUCAGAGAAGAGCCAUCGCAGUCUCUCUGAGAGAAGCCAUCACAGUCCCAUGGACAGGAGCUGUCGCAGUCCCUCUGAGAGGAGCCGACGCAGUCCCUCUGGGAGGAGAUGCCACAGUCCUGUGGACAAGAGUCAUCGUAGUCCCUCAGAGAGAGGGCGACACAGUCCCUCAGAGAAGAGCCAUCGCAGUCUCUCUGAGAGAAGCCAUCACAGUCCCAUGGACAGGAGCUGUCGCAGUCCCUCUGAGAGAAGCCAUCACAGUCCCAUGGAGAGGAACUAUCGUAGUCCCUCAAAGAGGGGCCGACGCAGUUCCUCAGAGUGGAGAUGUUCUAGUCCCUCGAGGAGCCGUGGUGGUCCCACAGAGAGGAGAGGACACAGUUCCUCUGGGAGAACCCAUUACAGUCCCUCUGAGAGGAGCCGGCACAGUCAUUCUGAGAGGAGCCGACUCAGUCACUCUGAGAGAAUCCAUCACAGAACCCCUAAGGAGAGACUCAAGCACAGUUCCCUUAAGAGGCCCAGACAUAGUUUGCCUAAGGAUUUCCAGAGUACUCAAACAUGUCUCCUAGGGACCACACAAAAAAAUCCAAAAGCAGGACAAGUUUGGAGUCCUGAAGCUAGUAAAUGAGGCGACAUCUGCCCUAUUAUUCAUUGUCUCCCUCAAGUCUUCGCCUAGCUGUACUAUCCUGCUCAGCCACUGGCCUCCAAUUCCUGUCAGCUCAGCAAUGAAAGGGCUUCUACGUCUCUCUACCUGGGGGGGGAGGGCAGACGAGAACCGG